CAGAGUGAGAGCAGCCAGGUUGGAUAGCUCAUUGCAAAUAUUCCAUCACCCAUACACUGUAUUGAUCACUGUAUUGUAUGUAUUGUAUGAAUCCUAAAACAUCACCUUGAGAAGAAGAUGUACAACAAGGCUCUGCCCUUCAUUCACCUCCUGAUAAUAGUUAGCGUGGAAGCUGGUCAAGGUGGCGUAUCGUUCUGGAGAGAAUCGUUCACAAUGACAUGUCCAGGAGAAGGGCUCUGGUUCCAGGAAGGAAAUAAAGUGAACGAGACCUUAAGCAAGUCUCAUACAGUUCCUUAUAAGAUAAAGCGUAAAGGCCUUUAUCAUUGUGAAUAUGGGCCACAAGGGUCUACCACAACGUAUUAUUUCUAUGUUGAAGGAAAGGGCUGCUCAGAUUGUUACGAGAUGGAUGCAAGCGUGAUGGGGCUGGUAAUUGUUGCAGAUGUGAGCGCAACAGCAAUACUGAUGAUCCUAAUCUACAAAUGCACCAAGAAGAAAAACGUACCUGCCACAAAAGCACUCGGCGGCCCAACGCCACCGCCUCCUGACUAUGAGGCCCUGAACAUACACGCACGCUCGCAGGAUGCAUACUCUUUUCUCAACAACACCAAAUCAAGAUGAGGCGCCUUUGUUGGGUUGCAAGUUGAAACGUUGCAGCAGUGAAGACAAACAACUGCAAAAGACAGACAGAAGAACAACGGCUUGGAUACACUUUGCUUUUGCUGGUUUCCUGGUAUGCCGGCAGCGCAAUACAGUGGAAAAGUAGAUUUACUCAAUCAGGUGUCACAAACAGAUUUUAUACUGAACUAGAUUUUAUACGGCAACAGCGAUUUUGGAUUUUUACAGAAAGACAUCUUGUCACGAUUACGGCUCAACUUGUUCCCACAAGAAUUUCGUACUGUGUGCAGUAUUGCUUCUCUGCCUAUGUAACGUGUGCAUGCAUUGCACAAUACAAGUGGCAAACUGAGAUGCACUGGGCAUCAUGUACCGUAAAUUCCUGCGUAUAAGCCGUUACUUUUUUCUUAAACUUUGAACGCUAUGGCUAAAUUCUAAUCUUGUGACAUCUCCUUUAGUUCAGAACUGCUACUGAGUGUUUAAAUACUGUGCCGCUCGCAAGUCUGUGAGGUAACGGUAGCUCUUCCUUUGGCAGGAGCCAAUCACGAGCUAUCAGUGCACUCACAACAAGCUUGGCAAUCACAGGAGGUCAUUACUUAUAACAGUAUAACAAUAUAAGAGUCUGACUCACGGUGUCUUCUUACUAAGAACACUAAUCUCCUCACACAGCAACUUGACACUCAAAAGAUAUUCCUGAGAAAUAUACAAACAAGUACCAAUGCAUGUUUAAAAUGAAAAAAAAAACAACUCUUCUAAAGUUUUCCCAUAACGCAUUGCAUCUGAGUGUAACCCGCCCUGUUUCGCACCUGCCCGCACCAGGGCUCGAGACCAGACCUUCGUAAUGGGAAGCGAGGGCGCUGACCACACGACUGUCUGUACUGCCUGUACUGUCGGCCGCGUGUUCAGCGCAGCUCUUAAGGCAGAGGUAGUGAGGUUUACCAACGUACACUCGCACAGCCUCACAGGCUGGCAUCCGUUACAUGAGCAACACAUUCAUUGGGGUGCUGCAGUGAUGUCAGCCUCUCUCUGGGCUCCUCUGGCUCCCUCUGGUGGACAGCAUUGCAGCACCAUUCAUCCAUUUUCUAUACUGCUUCUGAAAUGAAAUGUUUUGCUCAAAUGAAAUGCAUUAUGGGAAAACUUAAAAAUGUAUUUUUUUUAUUAGGUGUACCUUUUGAGUGUUAAGUUGCUGUGUGAUGAGUUUAGUGUUCUUUGUAAGAUGACGCCGUGAGUCAGACUGUUAUAUGGAGUAAUGACCUCCUGCAAUUUCCAAUGCGUUGACAAGCUUGUGAGUUUUUUCAUAGCUCAUAAUUGGCUCCUGUCAAAUAAAGAGGUGCCUGGUCCUCACGGACUCGUGCGCUCCACAAUAUGCCAUUUUAUGACAGACACAUGCGGCUUAUACACUGGUGUGGCUUAUAUAUGCACAAAUCUGUUUUUUCCUCUGAAUUUACAUUACUGGACAGACCAUACAGAGAAAACACAUAAAGCCAACCUUUCUGGAAGCCAUUCAAGCUCCAAUUUUCUUGGAUUUUAAAAUUGUUUUAAUAUAAGAUAAAUGGAAAUAAUCGCUUUCAUGACCAAAAAUGAGUACACAACUGUAAAAUAAAACCAAAUCCAACUACAUACACUUUGAUGCUACCUGGUAGAUGCCUCGCGUACAGGAAAGGAAAGAAACAAACGUAGCUUAAACAGUCUUACCUGAAAUAAAACAGAAACAUACUCAUCCACAACUUUGAUGACUACACUGCAAGAAAGUGUAAUUUAAGCAGGAAUAAAAAUCUGAAAUGAAGGUAAAAAUACUUCAAUAUUAUUUUUUUAGGUCUAAUAUAAAAGUAUCUUGUUAGUCUAUUUUUUUUUAACCUUGAUUUCAGGUAUUCAGUUUUUGCCGUGCAGAUGCCUGCAUGUGAGCUGGUAGUCCACGUUAUUUUUUUUUUUGUUUUUAAUUCUUUUUUUAUUAUUAUUUAUUAUUUAUUAUUAUUAGCAAUUGGUUUCUUUAGCCAUAUUACACUAAGCAUUCGAGAGGCAUUUCCAAUUCCGAUUAGGAUUAUCGUACCACUUUUCUUCCAUGUUGCUGGUAACCUUGUAUUUAGGAAUGGCAGUUAGACAAUCACUGAGCUGAAGACUCACAGGGCGCAGAGGACUCUGUGAUUUUUUUUCUGUGAUUUUAGAGUUGUACUUUACAAAGGUUUGAUUUAGUGUUUCCGCUGUAUCGUGUCAAAAUCAAUUAAACGCUAUAUUUGCCACAAUUUCCAUAAUUUCAAGUUGCUACGCUUGUGGUGUUCGGGGAUGAUCCAUCGCAUUUAGUUACUAAACUCGUCUCUUUCAAACAACACUGGCAUUAUUGUAAAUAUUUUCUUUGUACCAUCUUUGUGCCAAAUCCUGCUACUUUCCCAUGAGAUGUAAAUGAUGUGUUUUUUUAACAAACAUUUUGUAGCUUAAACAGCAAAUGCUACUCAAACAAUUAAAAUUGACUUUGCUAUUUCAAAUAAAGCCCUGCGAUUGGCUGGCGACCAGUCCAGCGUACCCCGUCUCUCGCCCAAAGUCAGCUGGGACAGGCGCCAGCAUACCCCCGCAACCUUAAUGAGGAUAAGAGGCAUAGAAAACAGAUGGAUGGUUAUUUCAAAUAAAAAUAAUUUAUGGCUACAACAUUGUUUUCCACACACAGGGGUACUGUAUGAUUACAGUUUGAACGAGAAAGGAAAAUACUGUAAGUCUUGCACAAGAAUAUUUUGAUUGUCACAACUGUUUCAACGUACUCUUAUUUGUCUGAACAUGAAGGACUGUUCAAUAAAUGCAGUAAAUGGU